CGUCGAUAUAAAAACUUACGUCAUCAUCACGUAAAAGUGAGAAACUUUUACAGCUAAAAUCCCUUUUUAAUGGAUUACGUGACGAAUAAUUGCAUAAAAAGGUCAUUAAACGUGUUAAAUACCUAAUUGCAUAUCAGCGUAUAAUCAUCACGGUCUGACACUCUGGAAAAACGUUUACACAAUAAAAUGUCUGGCAGACAUUCCCAAUAAAUAUUCAAUUAUGUAAAAUCAGAGUCACUCAGCAGAAGCUGAUAAGAGCAUAAAUGCGAGCGGUUUCGUGGACGUUGGACACAUCUGCCUGGCACUGCGCGAUGUCUAAAACGGAGCUCUGCGACAUGGCCCGCCGGGACGCCCCCGAUCCCGAGGUGCUGUCGCCAAACGAGCCCCGGCGGGCCACCGCCGCCUUCGAGCGCUACUUGCAGCCCUGCUUGGCGGAGCUGUUGGGCUCGGCCCUUUUCAUUUUCGUGGGCUGCUGCUCGGUGGUGCAGAACUCGGCGACCACGGGACUGCUGCAGCCCGCCUUGGCGCACGGGCUGGCACUGAUCGUCGUAAUUGCGGUCCUGGGGGAAAUCAGUGGCGGUCACUUCAACCCGGCCGUGUCCCUGUGCGUGUACUUCGUGGGGGGGCUCCGCGUCGUGCUGCUCCUGCCCUACGUUGUUUCCCAGCUGCUUGGCGGGAUGAUCGGGGCCGCCUUGGCUCGGGCCAUCACCACUCCUCAGUCCUACGCCAGUUCUUCAGGAGGGGCCUUCAAUGUGGUUCAGAAUGACUCCCAGGUGGGCCAGGCCACCGUGGCUGAGAUCGUCAUGACCGCGUUCCUGACCAUGACUGUGUGCAUGGGUGCAGUGAACGGCAAGUCACGCAGCGCUCUGGCGCCGCUGUGCAUCGGCCUGACGGUGGCAGCGGACAUCCUCGCCGGAGGGUCUGUGUCAGGCGCGUGUAUGAAUCCAGCGCGUGCCUUUGGUCCCGCUCUGGUGGCGAACUGCUGGGGCUACCACUGGAUCUACUGGGUGGGGCCUUUGGGCGGGGCUUUCUUCACGGCCUGCGUUGUGAGACUGCUGAUGGGAGACCGGAGUUUGCGACUUAUUCUGAAGUGACUGAAACAGGAAGUGACAGGAGCUCCUCAGAGACCUAUCGGCCUGAUUUCCUGAGCUAAAAGGCAGCUUUGUUCCUCUCCAUUAAGAUUAGAAACACUGCAGACGCUUGAUAACAAUUAAAAUGUAACUGGCUUUGGCUGAUACCACAGUCAACACCAGGACCGGUGACGCCAUCUGUCCGACUGCAUUCAGAAAACCUCUUGGCGUUGCGAUUGAUCCCAUGAUCCAUAUGGCGAUUGACUGUAAGCACUGCUACACAUGUGUGUAUGAUUCAAGCCACUGGGUCAGGAAUCAUGUUCUGACCCUACCCAGUGGG